AUGAGGAAAGUUGUAACCGUGGAUGCUACUUUUCUGAAAAAUGGAUAUGGUGGUGUUCUCGUUUUUGCAACGGCUCAAGAUCCUAAUCGGCACCACUAUCCUUUAGCUUUUGGUGUGCUAGAUGGUGAGAAUAAGGACAGUUGGAGUUGGUUUUUUGAGAUGUUCAAAACGGUUGUGCCAGAUUCAUCGGAGUUGGUGUUUAUGAGUGACAGAAAUGGAAGCCUCAUCAAUGCCAUAGCUAAUGUAUUUCCGAAGGCUCAUCAUGCGCAUUGUAUAUGGCAUUUGGCUCAAAAUGUGAAAGGUCAUGUAAGUAACGUCAACAAAGAAAUUGUUCAAUGGAGAUUUAUGGACAUUGCUCGGAUUUACACAGUGCCUGAAUUCGAUGCUGAAUAUUCUGCUUUCAAGAAUCGUUAUCCAUCUGCUGCCAAGUAUUUGGAGGAAAGUAGUGAGAAAGAAAAGUGGGCGAGGUGUUGGUUUCCGGGAGAUAGAUACAACAUCGACACAAGCAACGUUGUGGAGUCGAUGAAUAGCGUGUUCAAGGAUGCGAGGAAGUACUCUUUAAUACCCUUGGUGGAUACUAUCAUUAAAAAAACAGCUGAUUGGUUUAAUGAACAUAGGAAAGAAACCGUCAGAGGAUCCAGUGAGCGGAAACUAGUGCCUCUUGUGGAAAACUUGUGCAUGACACAUGGUCGGUUGCCAGGAAAUUAA